AUGUUGUUAUUAUAUAUUCUUAUUCAUUUAGCUGGUUCACUCGUGGCUUUUGAUACAACAUUUGAAAAUUAUACAGUACCAGUUAGCGGAAAAUGUAUACUAACUUGUUAUGUAGCUGAAGUUCGUUCAUUUAAAGUACUAUGGCAAAAAAUUGAUCGAAUAAAUCUAGGUGGGAAUCAAACAAAUGGACAACAAGAAGAACAACUAACAUUAAUUGCAUUUGAUGGAAUUGUCUAUUCGAAUAAAGAUCAUUAUCGUCUUGAAUCUGAUUAUGUUGGUUCAUAUAAUUUAAUUAUAGAUCGUGUUAAUGAAGAUGAUCAAGGUGAAUAUCAAUGUCAAAUAAAUACAGAACCAAGAAAAACGAAACGGAUUUUUCUUACUGUUCAAGUUCCACCACGUAUUAUUGAUUUUCGUCCAAAUCCUCCAAUAAUAUCCAUACGUAGUGGUAUAUCAUUAACAUUAUUAUGUCGUGCUGAAGGAACACCAUUACCUCAUAUACGUUGGCGUUUUCGUGAUAUUGAUAUGAAUCGAAUUGAUUCAUUACCACCUGAUAAUAGCAAUAUAUGGUUUAUUCCAUCAAUUAAUAAUAAUUUUCCACAUACAGUUGAAUGUAUUGCUGAUAAUGGUGUUUUACCAGCAUCAAAUCGUAUAUUUACAAUACAUGUUGAAUAUCCACCUAUUGUUAUAAUAAAUAAAAAUUUUAUUCAAAGUCAAUUAUAUCAAAAUAUAACACUUGAAUGCUCAAUAUUAAGUCGUCCGUCAGCUCGUAUUUAUUGGGAAAAAAAUGGACAAAUAAUUGAAGAAAAUAAAAUGAAUAUUAUUCAAAUAAAUCAAACAAUGUCAAUAAAUCAAUUAAAAAUUCAAAUGAAUAAUGAUGAUGAUUUUGGACAAUAUAAUUGUAUAGCUGACAAUACUCAUGGACGAAUGGAAGCUAUUGUAUAUGUACUUAAAGAAUCAGUUGUUCUUACGACUUUAACAACAAAAAAGCUUCAACGUCAUUCAAAAUAUUUUUCAUCACGAUUAAAUUCUAGUCGAAAAAUUCUUCGAUCAACAACAACAAAAAAAAAUGUAUAUACUGAACGUGAUAUUCAUAUUAGUUCGUCAUCAUAUCGUCUUUGGACAUAUCAUAGAUUAAGCAAUCUUUUGUUUGUUUUAUUAUUAUUAUUAUGCCAAUUUAAACGAAUCGAUAGAUGA